CUAUUCAUAGUUGUGAGAACCCCAGAGGUCUAUUAGAGGUCAGUGAGUCCUUCUAAUAGCAACUGCUGCAGCAAAGGGCCUUUCAGAUAACUAUACUUCUCUGCCUCUGGACACAGUCUCUACCUUUCCUCAUAUACACACUGCGGGACUUGCAGAACAGUCAUGCAGGCUCAGGAAGUCCUGAGACAGCUGCGGAUUCCCGAGCUGGAUGAUCUUCGGCAGUACCUUCGCGGCUUGCCCACCAAUGCACUCAUGGGCAUGGGCGCCUUCGCUGCCAUCACCACCUACUGGUUUGCCACCCGGCCGAAAGCCCUCCCACCACCCUGUGACCUUGACCUGCAGUCAGUGGAAAUACCAGAUGGAGAACGUGCAAGAAGGUCAGUACUGAACGACAGCAACGAGCAAAUGACAUACUACUACAGCGAUGCACGCACAAUAUAUGAGGUGUUCCUACGAGGGCUGAGAGUAUCAAAUAAUGGACCUUGUGUAGGAUCGAGGAAACCAAACCAGCCGUAUGAGUGGCAGUCUUAUAGAGAGGUGGCAGACAGAGCGGAGCACAUCGGUUCUGCUCUUCUUCACAAAGGACACUCCCACACAGGAAACAAGUUCAUUGGCAUCUUUUCUCAGAACAGGCCAGAGUGGACCAUUUCAGAGCUGGCCUGUUACACGUACUCCAUGGUGGCAGUCCCAUUGUAUGACACUCUCGGCACAGAGGCCAUCGGCUACGUUAUAGACAAAGCUGCCAUCUCAACUGUGAUCUGUGAUGUACCCGAAAAGGCUGGGAUGAUUCUGGACUGUGUCAGUGGAAAAGGACGAACAGUGAAGACGAUUGUGCUCAUAGAGGCGUUUGACAGCGACCUGGUGACCCGUGGACAGGAGUAUGGCAUUGAGAUUCUGAGUUUGAAGGAGUUUGAGGCCUUGGGUGAAGCCAACCACCAGAAACCAAUGCCCCCUCAACCGGAAGACCUUGCACUUAUCUGCUUUACAUCUGGAACCACAGGAGACCCAAAAGGUGCAAUGCUUACUCAUGGAAAUGUAAUCUCCAACACUGCAGCUUUCAUUAAAAUAACAGAGGUACACUGCAUGCUGGACCAUCAUGACAUUCAUGUAUCCUAUCUCCCCCUAGCUCACAUGUUUGAGAGGGUUGUACAGAGUGUCAUCCUCAUCCAUGGGGCUCGAAUCGGCUAUUUCCAAGGGGACAUUCGACUUUUGAUGGAUGAUUUGAAAACGCUGCAGCCAACAAUCUUCCCUGUGGUCCCACGUCUUCUCAACCGCAUGUUUGAUAAGGUAUUUAGUCAAGCCAACACACCACUAAAGAGAUGGCUGCUCGAUUUGGCUUUCAGUAGGAAGGAAGCAGAGCUUAAAAGUGGUGUUGUCCGAACGGACAGCAUGUGGGACAAAUUCAUCUUCAAAAAAGUACAGGCGAGCCUGGGCGGUCGUGUCAGACUCAUGAUUACAGGAGCAGCACCGGUGUCUCCAACCAUCCUGACAUUCCUACGAGCUGCACUGGGCUGUCAGUUUUAUGAGGGCUACGGGCAGACUGAAUGUACAGCUGGGUGCACCAUGUCACUUCCCGGGGACUGGACAGCAGGUCACGUCGGGCCUCCUCUGCCCUGCAAUGCUAUCAAACUGGUGGAUGUGGUAGAAAUGAACUACCUGGCAGCCAAUGGAGAGGGAGAGGUGUGUGUCAAAGGACCAAAUGUAUUCCAGGGAUACCUGAAAGAUCCUGAAAAAACAGCAGAGGCAAUCGACAAGGAUGGAUGGCUGCACACAGGAGACAUUGGGAAAUGGCUUCCUAAUGGCACUCUGAAAAUCACUGACAGAAAGAAGCACAUUUUCAAGCUCGCACAAGGAGAAUACAUCGCCCCAGAGAAAAUAGAAACCGUCUAUAAUCUCAGUGAUCCAGUGGCCCAGAUAUUUGUUCAUGGCGAAAGCUUACAGGCAUGCCUGGUGGGGAUAGUGGUACCUGAUCCAGACUUUUUACCUAUUUGGAUCAAGAAAAAAGGGAUUGAAGGAUCCUACUCUGAAUUGUGCAAUAACACGAAUGUGAAGAAUGCCAUUCUGGAGGACAUCCUGAGGUUGGGCAAAGAAGCAGGACUCAAGUCUUUUGAGCAGGUGAGAGAUAUUACAUUACAUCCUGAGAUGUUUUCUGUCCAGAAUGGCCUACUGACACCCACCCUGAAGGCCAAGAGGGCUGAGCUUCGGAGCCGCUUCAGAGAGCAAAUUGAUGAACUCUAUGCCAGAAUUAAGAUGUAAACUGGGAUCGAGGAGUAGUGUAGGGAAUGUGACAAUCAUUUAGAGCACACAGCCAGAACCAAAUAGUUUAUUGAGGGAGAUUUGCCUCAAUUUAUCUACCAGUGACAAUCUUCGCAAUCUUGGGAAUUGCUUUCAAACAAACUGGAUAAUGAAAAUCAGUUGGGCGUAUGUAUUGUCCCCACUUCAUCUACUAAUUGUACCACUAAAUUUACCCUACUUUCACUAGUUACAUUAAUUACUUCAGAAAAUCCAGGAACAUGUUAUCGUGUUACUGGUAUAAUUGAUUCAACAGUAAGGGUUAAAAAAAAUAAAGGGGAAAUGUGACUUGCUUAUGCCUUAACUGCUAUUAAGUCUGACUAAGUCAUAGUCAGAAAGGUCCAGCCCCUGAAAACAUUUCCGCUAGUUUUUUUAUUCUUGGGAACCACAGAAAAAACAUCCUAUAAACAUGCUUUCACAACAGUGACAAAUAUUUAUAUACCAGACAAAUUUAUUUUUUUAACAUUAUUUUUUUGAGCAUUUUUGCCUUUUAUUGGAUAGCUGCAGCGAAAGACAGGAAAGGCGGGAGAAAGAGAGAAAGGAUGACAUGUAACAAAGGGCCCCAGGUUGAAAUCCAACCGCUGUGGUAAGGACUUUGCCUUGAUGGUAAGUGCUCUACCAGGUACUACUACUGGGGCGCUCACCAUAUACCAGACUAUUUAAUGACUUGGUUAUCUAUUUAAGUGAUAUUUAAUGUAACCAUUACACCUGUAAAUAGUGUAUCUGAUAAAAAGUCUAUUUGUAUGCAGAGUAUCGUGCCUGAUGCUCUGUAGUUAUAAUUUCCUGCAUUCCCAUGUUUCUCAAUGCGGUAUGCUAAAGGACUGAUAAACCGGUUUUAGUGCACAAUUUAAUUGAUAGCCUAUUGGGAAUCUUGUUGCUUGACAGACUGUUUGUGCCUUUUUGGUUGUUUUUGUUUUCUUUUAACACUGCAUGGAAAAUACUGAAUGUUAUUAUACUGUCCGUGCAUUUUCUCCUUUUCAGAUUUUCAAAUUUCAGUGCCACAGUUUGCAGGAUAAAGCUAUGUACUGUCAUUUGUAUAAUACACAAGUCUUUAGAGUAUAUAUUUGGAUCACUGGUAUCAUGGUUCAUUUAAAUAUGCCGGUUUUUCAAAAGUAAUUCCAUGUCCUUAUCAGCAUUUCACAUUAACUUUUCACUGAUGGUCCAUGAAACCAUGAGUCUUGUGUGAAACGGAGCAGCAUUUCAGCUGUUUGACAAAAAGUUUUGUUGUGAACUCCGAUUUUUUGAUUAAAUUAUGGUCAUUACACAACUCUAAUCAUGUCGAGGCCUCCUUGACAGUGCAAGCCAUAUUGUUGUUUUUAAGACUCAUAUGAUAUGAAAAGGGCAAAUGUGCAGUUUUGUGCUGGAGUUGUACAGUAUAUUUAUUUGUCAACUGUACCAAAUAAAUACUUUCUUCCAAAACUGA